CAAUAGAGAUAAGACAUCAUUGCACAGAAACUCUUAAAACAAACCAACCCCACACCUCAUAUCUUCUUCUCUUCCCCUCCCUCUGAUCCUCCUCUUCUCCUCCAUUGCCACCGGUUUUUGUAGAGCUCCAAAGAGGGGCUGAAGCCUGAAACCAUGUCUUGCUCAAAUUUAACCAUGUGGGUUUCCUCAAAAACUUCUCUUUCUGAUUCAACUGCGCUUUCUUUUCGCUCUUCAAUCACCCCUGUUCAGCUCCCUAGCAACAACUCAACCACUGCCAACCCCUCAAGGCCAUCAUCAGUAACUCCAAUUCAUUGUGGACUUCGCGAGCUUCGUGAUCGUAUUGGUACUGUGAAGAACACACAGAAAAUCACGGAGGCCAUGAAGCUUGUGGCUGCUGCUAAAGUGAGAAGAGCUCAAGAAGCUGUGGUCAAUGCCAGGCCAUUUUCAGAAUCUCUAGUCGAAGUUCUUUACAACAUUAAUGAGCAGCUCCAAACUGACGACAUUGAUGUUCCUCUCACCAAAGUUAGGCCUGUUAAGAAGGUUGGUCUUGUAGUCGUUACCGGUGAUCGUGGACUUUGUGGUGGUUUUAACAAUGCAAUUAUUAAAAAGGCGGAGGCUAGGAUAGCAGAAUUGAAGGGACUUGGCCUUGAUUACACUAUAAUCAGUGUGGGGAAAAAGGGUAACGCAUAUUUUAUCCGCAGGCCUUAUAUUCCGGUAGACAGAUUUCUUGAUGGUACUUCUCUUCCCACUGCUAAAGAAGCUCAAGCAAUUGCAGAUGAUGUCUUCUCCCUUUUCAUAAGUGAAGAGGUGGAUAAGGUAGAGCUUUUGUACACUAAGUUCGUUUCAUUAGUGAAGGCCGAACCAGUGAUUCACACUCUGCUUCCGUUGUCUCCAAAAGGAGAGAUCUGUGACAUAAAUGGGAACUGUGUUGAUGCAGCCGAGGAUGAGUUCUUCAGAUUGACAACCAAAGAAGGCAAAUUGACAGUGGAAAGAGACAUUAUGAGGACUAAAACAGCAGAGUUUUCGGCGAUCUUGCAAUUUGAGCAGGACCCUGUUCAGAUCCUUGAUGCCUUACUCCCUCUUUACUUAAAUAGUCAAAUUUUGAGGUCAUUGCAGGAGUCACUGGCUAGUGAGCUUGCUGCUAGGAUGACUGCAAUGAGCAAUGCGACUGACAAUGCUAGUGAAUUGAAGAAAUCCCUGUCUAUAGCCUACAACAGAGAGCGUCAGGCCAAGAUUACAGGAGAGAUAUUGGAAAUUGUUGCUGGAGCCAAUGCUUUGACUUGAGCAUUCUAAUUGUCUCCCAUGAUUGUGCUUCACUAUAGGUAUUUUUGUUGAAAAUUCCAUUUUCAUCAAACUAUGCUUAUUUAAGAACUGUAAAGUAGAGUAGACAGUUUCGUGUUGUAACUUCCAACCACAUACAAACUUCAUGCAAUAUGAGAACCACAAUGUAUUUUGGAGACAUGAGAGUGUUUCUGCAUCUUUGAAACUUUUAUUUUUGAGUCA